AUGACAUCCUCCCUUUCAAGGGGCAUUCUGCUGCUGGCAGGCCUGUGCUGCCUAGUCCCCAGCUUCCUGGCUGAGGAUGCCCAGAAGACAGAGGUCUCCCAGCAGGAUCAGGAGCAUGCAGCCUGCCGUAAGAUUGCUCCAAAUCUGGCAGACUUUGCCUUCAGUCUGUACCGGGAGUUGGCCCAUCAGUCCAAUACAACCAACAUCUUCUUCUCUCCCGUGAGCAUCACCACGGCCUUCGCCAUGCUCUCCCUAGGGUCCAAGGGUGUCACUCACACCCAGAUUCUAGAGGGCCUAGAAUUCAACCUCACAGAAAUAGGUGAGGCUGAGAUCCACAAGGGCUACCAUCACCUCCUCCAGACCCUCAACAAGCCAGACAAUGAGCUUCAGCUGACCACAGGCAAUGGCCUGUUCGUCCAAAACAGUCUGAAGCUGGCGGAGAAGUUCCUGGAAGAAGUCAAGAACAAUUACCACUCAGAACCCUUCCCCGUCGACUUCACAGACUCAGAAGAGGAGAAAGUGAUCAAUGGUUUUGUGGAGAAGGGAACCCAAGGAAAGAUAGUCGAUUUAGUGAAGGACCUUGACAGGGACACAGUUCUCGCCCUGGUGAACUACAUUUUCUUUAAAGGAAAGUGGAAGAAGCCCUUCGACGCACAGCACACUGAAGAAGCUGACUUCCACGUGGAUAAGUCCACCACGGUGAAGGUGCCCAUGAUGAACCGCCUGGGCAUGUUUGACGUGCAUCACUGCAGUACCCUGUCCAGCUGGAUCCUGCUGAUGGAUUACCUGGGCAACGCCACUGCCAUCUUCAUCCUGCCUGAUGAUGGGCAGAUGCAGCAUCUGGAGCAAACUCUCACCAAGGAACUUAUUGGCAAGUUCCUGGCGCACAGGCAUACAAGGUCAGCCAAUCUACACUUCCCCAAACUGUCCAUCUCUGGAACCUAUAACUUGAAGACAGCCUUGAGUUCCCUGGGCAUCACCCAGGUCUUCAGCGACAAGGCUGACCUCUCUGGAGUCACAGAGGAUGUUGCCCUGAAACUCAACAAGGCUGUGCAUAAGGCCGUGCUGAGCAUCGAUGAGACAGGGACAGAAGCUACGGGAGCCACAGUUUUGGAAGCCAUCCCCAUGUCUAUGCCCCCUGAGGUGAACUUUGACAGACCUUUCCUUGUCAUAAUAUAUGAUAGCCUGACCCAGAGCCCCCUCUUCGUGGGAAAAGUGGUGGAUCCCACACAAUAAUCACCAUUCUCAUGUCCUCCUUUCUGGAUUGGGUCCCCUCCCCAAUGGCAUUA